AAAUGUAAUGAGGACAUUUACAAAAUAAAAUAACGGACGGUAUCGGAGAGUUUGUCAACAAUCUUACGACAGUGUCGUAAAAAUACGACUGGAUACGACUGUUUUUAAUGGUUGCCUAGCAACCGAAGAAGAGUGACCGUUUGAAACAGCUAGGCGGCUAACAGCUGCUAAAAUUGUGUUGUUAUGUAAAAUAAACAUUCGGUUUCUCUGCCUGUGAGCUUCGAGUGUGCGGUUUUCAGACAGCAGAAACAAGAGCAAGAUGCCUCCAGCUACAGACUGGACCUUCCUGAUGAGGGUGGACCCUGACAGUUUGGGAGACGAGGAGGAGAAGAUCUGUGAUAUGCUUUUGAAUAUUUACCCCAAAGACCUGAAGGAGAAAGAGCCGAAGAAAGCAAUACAGCUGUUCAGAAUCUCGCAGACUUUACUUAAGCUGAAGGUGGAGGAAGCGACCUGCGCAUACGAGAUUGUGGAAAAGGCCGGCGCUGAUCAAGCUAGAAUGGAAUCACAGCUGAAAGAGAAGAUUUCUGAGCUGAAAUCAGACCUAGAGGUUGCCCAGCGCUCUGCAGGGGGCAGGGACACGCGAUUCCUCCGGGAUGAAAUCCGCCAGAUGGAGAGUCAGUUGGAGCAGAAGGAUAAGGAGCUGGUGCAGCUGGAGAAGGACAUGGAUAAAGAGAGGAAAAGCAACGAGGAGCUGUCAAGACGAGCAGAGGAGGCUGAAGACGAGAACAGAAGGCUCAAAAGAGAGAACGAGCAGCUCCAGCAGGAUGUGGAGUUCUACAGGAAGGAGCUGGAGCAGAAGGACUCACACCAGAGCCGUGACGAGAGGAGCGAGGCUCAGAAGAAGCUCAACAAAGCCAACCAGCAGGCCGACCAGUACUGGGAGAACUGGCAGCGCUCGGAGGACGAGAACUCGCACCUGAAGAGCGAGCUGGAGAACUUGCAGAAGAACCUGGAGGAGUCAGUGAGAGAGAUGGAGAAGAUGACUGACGAGUACAACAAGAUGAAGGUGGCGGUGCAGCAAGCGGACGGGUUCAUGGACCAGCUGAGACGAGAGCGAGACCAGGCCGCACUGCAGGUGAGAGAGCUGACGCAGCAGAUUCAGGCUCGCUCUGAAGAAGACGAUCCAGUAAUGGCUGCAGUCAAUGCUAAAGUGGAGGAGUGGAGGAAUGUGUUAUCAGGGAAGGAUGCUGAAAUCCUGGAGUACCAGCAGAUGAUUCGGGACCUGAGAGAGAAGCUAAGAGCAGCUCAGAUGGAUUCAGACAAAAGCAACAUCAUCGCAUUGCAGCAGGCGGUGCAAGAGAGAGAUCAGCAGAUCAAGCUCCUGUCUGAGCGAGUGGAGCAGUACACUGGGGAAAUGGAGAGGAACGCUCUGCUCAUCGAGGAGCUCAAGAAGCCACUAAGGAAAGAUAAAGGUCCGGGCUCGAGCACGCAGCAAAGGAAACUGGACGAGCUGAACACCAAACUGCAGGCCGCAGAACGGAGGGCGGAGCAGGCGGAACGCGUGGCCCAUCUCGCAGAAUCCGACGCCCACCACAAAGACCAGGAACUGAGCGAAACCCUGAGUCGCAUCCGGCUUUACGAGUCUGGCACAGACGGGCUGGUAGCCGCCGUAGCAGAGAUCAAAGAAAGCAAAAACCAGGUCAGAAUCCGAGAUCGAGAGCUAGAAGCCAUGACCAAAGAAAUAAACCAACUGGAGCUGAAGAUCAACGACCUUCUGGACGAGAACGAGGAGCUGAGAGGUCGCCUGGGUUUAAAUCAGAAAGAAGAAGUGGAUCUGACCGAGUUCAGGAGAUCAAAGGUGUUGAAACAAAGGCAGUAUAGAGCGGAGAACCAGGUUCUGCUAAAGGAGAUCGAGCGUCUCGAGGAGGAAAGGCUGGAGCUCAAGCAGCGGAUCCGUGACCUGGUGAAGGACAAAGGUAUUACCGUGAUCAGUAGGUCACUGCUCGACGAUGAAACCGUAGAGGAACCCAGCAGGUCCAUCAGGGAGAGAUCGACUCUCAGAACAGCCGACGAGGACGAAGUUAAACGAAAAAACGACGUCCUGCGGAAGGAACUGACGAGCAGAGAGAAAGAGCUGGAGCUGAAGAGAGCAGAAUCCAUUCAGUUUAAAGCUAAACUGAACGAGAUGCUGAAGGAGAACAAGCAGCUGGAGCAGGGCAUGAAGGAGAUUUUGCAGGCCAUUCAAGAGACACAGAGCAAAGCUCCUACUCAGGCAGCCAUCAGCAUCCCCAGCCUGGAGAGACUCGUCAGUGCCCUGGAGAUGAAGCACUCUGAGGGAAAGGUUGAUAUCAUUGCACACCUGAGAGCACAGCUAGAUCAGCUAACUGGCAGGAACGAGGAACUGAGGCAGGAGAUGAAGGCAGCCAGAGAAGAGGCAGCCAGCACACAGACUCAGCUCAUUAAAGCUAAUGAAAAGGUUGCACAUUUUGCUAGCGAGGUCGAGGCCGUGAGGCAGUCAGCCGGUACGGCUGUAGCUCCUAAACCGCUCCCUCUCCCUGAAGAAAUGACACCAACCACCACGCAAGUCAUCAAUUCCCUUAACGAGUACCUGAUCCAGCUGUUACAGGAGUUAAGAAACAAAGAAGAGUCGAACAAGCAGCUCGGUCUGGCGUUAGAGGAGUACAAGAGGAAAUUCGCCGUCAUACGACAUCAACAGGGACUGCUGUAUAAAGAGUACCAAAGUGAGAAGGAGGUCUGGAAAAAGGAGAAAGACUGCUUUGCAGAGUUGAAAUCCAAAAUGGAUGAGCAGAAGGCGCUGGAUGCAGUGAAGAUCCAAGAGUAUAAUCUCUGGCUCGAGACUCUGGAGCGAGAUCCGGUCGAGAUCAGAAGGCAGGUUUCCGAGGCGGCCCGUAAAACGACUUUACUGCGCGUGAACGAGAGGUCGUUGACCCGCCGCUACACCACCCUGAUGGAGCAGGAGCAGCACCUGAGGAAGGAGAACAACAAGCUGAAGGACGACUCCGUUCAGAUGGAAACCGCCGUCACAGAGAGAAUCGGCUACCUGCAGAGGUUCAAGGAAAUGGCCGCGUAUAAAAUGGCGGCUCUCCAGAAAGCGCUAGACGACAGCGUCCCAUCGUCAGAGCUGGAAAAAGCGAACAAGCAGUACAACGAGCUCACGACGAAAUACAGAGACCUGCUCCAGAAAGACAACCACCUCGUCCAGAGAACCACCACGCUGGAACAUUUGGAGGGUGAGAACAUGUCCCUUCGUGAGCACAUCAGCGAGAUCAACAAGGAGCUCGAGAUAACAAAGGAGAAGCUGCACACACUAGAGCAAGCCUGGGAGAACAUCAACACUGCUGGAGGACAGCGUGGUAUGGAAAAAGCUGCGAAAGCUCUGGCAAACAGCGAGAUUGUGUCCGUGUCCAAGCGCAUCACCACGCUGGAGAUGAAGGAGCUGAACGAGAGGCAGAGAGCCGAGCAUGCUCAGAAGAUGUACGAGCACACGAGGAACUCGCUCAAACAGGUGGAGGAGCGCAACUUUGAGCUGGAGGCCAAGUUCGCUGAGAUGGCAAAGCAGAACCUGGAGGCACAGCGGAUCGAGCGCGAGCUACGAGAUGAGCUGGCUGACAGCGUAAGUAAAGACGUGAGCGACGCCGACCGGCGCCGCAUCACCGAGCUGGAGAAAAGCGGAGCCGAGCUCCGGAUAGAGGUGUCAAAAUUGCGGGAGAUUUCAGACGUAGCGAAAACGCAGGUAUUUGCUCUGGAAGCCAGGCAGCAGUCCCGGGAAAAGGAGGUGGAGUGUCUCAGGAAGCAGGUGCUGGAUUAUCAGGCCCAGAGUGACGAGAAGGCCCUCAUCGCCAAGCUCCAUCAGCACAUCGUGGCUCUGCAGCUGAGCGAGACGACGGCCGUCAGCAGGCUGGAGUCCUACACCACCCGCCUUCGCCACCUGGAAGCUCAGAGGUUGCGAGCGGAGCAGCAGCUGGACGCUCAGCAUCAGGCACUGUGGCAGGCGAGGCAGGAGGGGCGGCAACGCGCUCGACACCUUCGCCAGGCCCUGCACGCCCUGCGCAGACGCUUCUCCGGAGCAUUGCCCAUCAGCCAGCAGGAGAAGUUCUCCAGCACCAUGCUGCAGCUGCAGGAGGACAGGGCGAAGGCACGGGAGGAGGCACGCCGGGCGCAGGAGGAGCGCAGCACGGCCGAGGGCAAAGCACAGGAGCUGGAGCUCCGUCUGAAGGGUCUGGAGGAGCUCACAGCCACGCUGAAGGAUGUUAAAGGGGCUCAGAAGGUCAUCGAGUGGCACAAGAAGCUGGAAGAAGCUCGUCUGCAGGAGCUGAGGAAGAACAGAGAGCUGGUGGCUCAGCGGGAGGAGAUCAGGUACCUGAAGAACAUGGUGGCCGAGCAGGAGCGCUCCAUCAGCAGCCUGGAGGAGGAACUGGUGCAGCAGAAUAACCUGUUAGAGGAGCAGCAGCUCUCCUGGGAUCAGAGAGAGGUUCAGUUGGAGCGGCAGCUAGAAACCUACCAGAAACAGCAGAACCAAAUCAUCGUAUCUGCUCAGAAGUUCGAAGAAGCCACGGGUUCUGUGCCGGACCCGAACCAGCCUUUAGCUCAUCAGCUGGACCACGCGCUGAGUAAAAUAAAGGAGCACGUUCGCACCAUUCUGGAGAUUCAAGCCACCUGCAAAAGUCUGGAGGAGAAACUGAAAGAGAAGGAGGCGUCACUGUGGCAGGCCGAGCAGAACGUCCUGUCUCGGGAUCGAGUCAUCAACGAGCUCCGCCUCCGUCUCCCUGCCGCCGCCGACAGGGAAAAGCUCCUCGCCGACUUGAGCAUACAGGACGACACGAGCAGCCAGCACGCCCUGAAGAUCGCUCACCAGACCAUCAGCAACCUGCAGUGUCUCCUCGACCAGAAAGAGGAGGUCCUCAAGAAGUACCAGAACCUUCUGUCCCGGGCUAGACAGGAACAGGAAGAAGCGGUAAAAAAGCACGAGCAGGAAGUGAGGAACCUGCACCAACAGCUGGACCUUUACGCAGACUCGUCCCUGGAUCGCUUCAGACAGACGACUCUGGAACUGAUGAAGAAACCCACCCUGAACAUCCCGACCACGAAACAGAUGGAGCGUCUGGCUGAAAUGGAGCAGAUGGUGGCGGAGCAGGACACGUCGCUGUCAUCGCUGAUGAACAAGCUGAAGGUGCUGAGCGCUGAGCUGGAGACACAGAGACAAGUCACAGCUUCUCAGGCCAAGGAGCACGCGGCACAAACGGCCAGACUGGAAGAAAGGCACGCAUCGCAGAUAAAGGCCAUGUUUAAGGAAUCAGAGGAGCUGAGAUCCCAGCUGUCCCAGAUGGAGAAAGAGCUGCAGUACCUCAGCACCGAGCUGGAGGCCCAGAAAGAGGCCAACAUCCGCUCGCCGAGCAACACCAUGAAGAACCUGGUUGAACGUCUGAAGGCCCAGCUGGCCCUUAAAGAGAAGCAGCUAAAGGCUCUCAGUAAAGCUAUGCUGGAGUUCCGGGCACAGAUGACAGCCCAGGCCGAGCAACAGAUCAUCGCAAACGCGGCCCAGAAAGAAGAGGCGCUCAACGUUCAGCAGAUCGUGGACAAACACACCAAAGAGCUGAAGGCCCGGGUAAAGGAACUGAACGAGGAGCUGCAGAGCUGGAAGGAGAACGUGAAAGCAGGGAAAACCCGAGAGAGCUCUCUGAAGGAGGAGGUGGAGAGCCUGAGCCGAGAGCUACAGAAGAACCAGAAGAUCCAGAGCAGACUGCAGAGCGAGAAAGGAGAUCUGGAAGAACACCUGGAGGAGCUGAAGCAGAAGGUCAAGAGACUCAGCAGCAGCCUGCAGGGUCAGACUGAAGGCGAAGUUAAAGGCUCCUCAGUAGAGGCUCUACAGAAGAAGAUCCGCAGACUGGAGUCGGAAUUGGACAGGAAGAACGUGUCCGAGCCACAGGAGAAAAAAACGGCGGUGAAGGAGGACAAGUCUAACAAAGAAGAACUGGUGAGGUGGGAAGAGGGUAAAAAGUGGCAGGCGAGGAUGGAGAGAGUGCGUAAUCUUUUAAAAGAGAAGGAGAAAGAGACAGAAUCCCUUUCCAAACAACUGGCCACGCUGAAGGAGCUCUACACAAGACUGGAGCAGGAGAAACUGGGCCUGCAGAGGAAGCUGAAGAGUCGAGGUGUGACGGCGGAUCAGGUGCUGGGCACACGAGCGACCAUCGAGGCCGACAAAGAGAUCGAGGAGCUGAAGAAGAGGAACUGUGAGCUGGAGCAACAGAUCGACAUCAUCAGGCAGCAGCAGGCUUUACCUCGUGAUGCUGCGAUGGAGGACAUGAACAUCAGGAACCGUUAUCUGGAGGAGAGACUUCACUCGCUGGAAAGCCAGCUGGCUAAGGAGCCACCAUCCAGGCCGUCUACAUCCGGCAGGGGCUCGGCUGGGACCCCGACACAGAGGGAGCACGAGCUACAGAAGGAGAACCUGAAGAUCUCCAGUGAGAACCUGGAGCUGCGCUUUCAGCUAGAGCAGGCUAACAAAGACCUGCCACGUCUAAAGGCUCAGGUGUCUGACCUCAAAGAACUAUGCGAUGCUAUGAAAAAGGAGAAAGCCGAGGUGGAAAAGAAGCUGGGGAAUGUCCGUGGGACAGCGCAGUCCGGACGAAGUGGAAAAAGCGCCCCCGAGCUGGAGAAAACCAUCGCGCUGAUGAAGAAGGUGGUGGAGCGAUUGCAACGAGAGAACGAGAGUCUGAAAAAGAGCUCGGCGACGGCGAUCCAAGAGCGACUCACCGUUCUGCAGCACGAGCACCAGAAACUCCAGGCGGAAUACGACAAGAUGAAGGAGAGGAAUCAGACGACAUCCAAACUCGAGUCACAGGCUAAAGCAACGGAGAAGAUCGUGAUGGAGAACGAGCGGCUGCGCAGGGAGAUCAGAAAGGAAUCAGAGGCUGCAGAGAAGCUGCGAGUAGAAAAGAGCAGUCUGGAGGUAAGAAACGAAAAGCUGAAGCUGGAGCUUGAGGAAACCAACCAGAAGCUUCUACUGGCUCAAUCCAAGGUUCCAUCCAUAGAUAGAGCAGAUACAAAGACCUGGAAGUCUCAAGUCGUGACCAGGUUGUUUGAAAAUAAAAUGAAGGUGCUCGAGAACGAUCUGUCGAAGAAGGACAAAAGUCUCUCGGAGCUCAAACUUCAGCUCGAGGAAUCCCGUGAGAAGGAGCAGAAGACGCAGCAAACCGUCACACAGCUGAAGGAAGAACUCGAAAUCCUGAAAAACAUCCCCAGUGACGGCUUUGCUAAGGAGUUCACGUCCGUCAGGCUAGAAAAGCACCAGCUGGAGAAGGAGAAGCUUCGGCUCCUCGAGCUCGUCGGGAAAUACGAAGAGCAGUUUGGAGCACGUGUAGAAGGACCAGGAUACAAAGAACUUCAGGCCCAAAUAAAGUUACUGAGCGCUGAGAAGAACCAGCUGCAGGACGAAAUCCGAAGAAUUACCAAAGAACUGGCGAACUUCGACCCGACGUUCUUCGAGGAGCUCGAAGAUCUCAAGUUCAAUUACAACGUAGAGGUGAAGAAGAACAUCAUCCUGGAGGAGCAGCUGAAAAAACUGGCAGAACGCUUCGGAGUAGAAGUGGACAUCCCAAAAGACGAGUCACUGAGCUGACACGGAGAGGGAGAAUGAGAAAAGGAAGGGAGAAAGGAG